AUGACUACCGACUCUAUAUUGGAUAUUAUGAAAAAUCUCAGCAUUAGCGAUGCGCUGAGCAUGAAAAACAGCUACCCACAAAAUAGUCUUCUGAGGGCAUGUUAUGAUGAACGUAUCAGUCCGGUGUCAUAUCUUCAAGAUACAUUUGACUAUGUAAUAACACUGAUGGCGGCUAUGUUCGAUACUGGAUGCAUCUUAAGUGGCUCUAGGGCUCUGGAAUUCUUUAUACCUGGGUCUAUUUGCCCUGAUUCUGAUUGGGAUUUUUAUGUCCCAGCGUAUAAGGAGUCAGUCGUCGAUAUGGUCAAUGCUCUCCAGAUCUGCGGAGUGGAGUGGAAUACUGAUGCAAAGACUAUUGCUUCAGAUUUAUUUCAUUACGGAAAAGCCGCUAUCAGCCGGCAAAUGUUGGAGAAUUUGGAUACAUGGGUGACCAAUUUAAGCAGGAAGUCUGCUUCUCUUAUCUUGGGAAAGAGAAUUUACGACAUUGUCAAUGCAUACCGCCAGAUACGAGAAGAAACGCCCAGCGAUAUUAAAGGAUUCGAACUAAGGUUAGACCCGAAUAAUCGUAUCUGCUUCAUUUCAAUUUCGGAUGGAUGGGCCCGCGAAAACGAAGAAAUUCCUUAUAACGAUGCUCUUGGCAGAUCUUUUAGCAUUCUCCAUGGCAAAAUCGAGACCAAAAGAGGCCACCAAAGAGUGCAGCUAAUCAUUGGAUCUUAUUACAAUGGAAUUAAGAGUUGCAUGGCUUUCGUUAAAGAUUUCUAUGCCAGCCACGUCCAGUGCUUUAUCGGGGGCUGGUGCGCAAGCCAUCUUUACUAUAAAGAAGCCAGAUCAAAAAAAGCAAAAAUAUGGAGAGACGUUUCUGCAAAAAAUAAUCUCAAGAUUAUUAGCGCUAUAGAGAAGUACAAAAGGAGGGGAUUCGAAUUCGCAGACGCUGAAUGUUCUGGUGUUAAAAUCCGAGCUUUAAAUGACGAUGAUGCUCUCUUGAUCGAAUAUGGCAAGAUGUAUCGCGAAUUUAUAUCCGAAUAUCGCUAUCCAAUGUUGAAUGAUAUGUUGAACGAAAGGCGAGAAAAUAUUUCUGGCAUCUCGUGGACUGAGUUUAACGGCCGUAUUGUCAGCUUUCAGAGUGUCCUGGAAAGUUAUUUUCGCACCAAAAAGAUCACUUUUGCGGGCUCAGAGCUGCCAAUGUCGAGUCGUCGUCGCCUCGGCAAUAUUAUUGCAGCCCGUGUAAAAAACCCUGACAAGCUUAGAUCUACAGAAUAUUGCAGCUCAGUGAAAGAGAGGGAGCGUAUGAAUGAGCUGAUGGAAGGGUGGGCAAUGCACGUUGUGGCAACAUCUGGCACGACUAGGUGCUACUUGCAAGAUGCAACGUUGUGGGCGUGGACACUAUAG